ACUUAAGCACCAUGACUACUACUGAUUUUGAUGGUCCUACACAAAGGUCAGCAAAAAGGAAGAGCAAGAACCAAUUCAUGGGUAUCCGGCAGCGCUCCCGGGCUAGGUGGGGUGCGGAAAUUAGAGAUCCUAUCAAGGGUGUCCGUCUCUGGCUUGGUACUUUCAACAGUGCUGAAGAAGCUGCAAGAGCUUAUGAUGUUGAAGCAUGCAGGAUCCAUGGCAAGAAGGCAAAGAUUAACUUUCCAGAGGAACCAAAACUUCCUCAGAAGAGUCGUGCUCCCCCUGCUUCUCCCAAAGUACCGAAGCCAAGUGCAGCACAUGAACAUAGUUUCAUACCAGCAUUCAACAACCUUGUCAACCAAAAUGCUUUUUUCUACCCAUCUGCUCACUUUGCAUCAAAGCAGCCGCUUGUUCAGCCUGAGAAUGUGCCAUUUGUUCCUCCAAUGAGCACUAUUGCCCCUGUUGAAGCUCCUGUUAUGAAUAUGUACUCUGACCGGGGAAGUAACUCCUUUGGCUUCUCUAAGUUGGGUUGGAAGUAUCACACCAAGACUCCUGAUAUAUCAUCCAUUGCUCCCAUUUCUACCAUUGUCGAAGGAGCAGAACCUGUGCUUGUCAAGAAUAACACCUACAACUCAUUGGUGCCUCCUGUUAUGGAGAAUAAUGUUGUCAAUUUUGAACCUUGGAUGAGAUAUCUUAUGGAUGAUAGAGUGGAUGAGAUGAUUGAUAGCCUACUGAAUUUUGAUGUGCCUCGAGAUGUCGUUAGCAACAGGACCUUUGGAGCUUCGAUGCCAUGCCCAUCAGUGGCCAAUUUUUCUGAGGGAAGCAAACCUUGUAUAUCGGGACAAAGGGAAUAAGGCUAUGAAGAUUGGAAAGCACCCUAUUGUCCCCUCCGUCUAGCAUAUGCUUAUGUCCAAGCUUAGAUGCAAAAAUGUUGCAUCACAAUUCUCUAUUGUAAUCGACCCAUUACCUAGUUGACUGUCGCUAUGUGGCAACCAUUUAUAAGUCCGAUGAACCGUUGUCUUGUCUUUCGCCAACUUUUAUGUCGUCGCUACCAUUUCUGAAUGUGAAGAACAUGAAUCUGUGUCCAGUUUGCUUUAAUCUGUGCACUUCUUCGCAUUUCCUUUCCUUCUGGAUGUUUAUUUAUUUUUGGAGAUAAAA